AUGGGAUUAUCACCUCUGCCUUACAUCCCAGGUUCAUUCAGCUUUACCAGGGCGGUUGAUGCCUCUUCUUGCUGUCUUCCUAAGAAGCUCCAAAACACUAGAAACGACAUGCAGAAGGAACGUAACUUGAAAGAACUCCUUAAAGAACUGCCCGAUGCUCAUUACUGCCUGCUGAAGUAUCUGUGCCAGUUCCUGAUAAAGGUUGCUGAACAUCAUGUAGAGAACAGGAUGAACCUUUGCAAUCUUGCCACUGUAUUUGGACCAAACUGCUUUCAUGUGCCCUCUGGAUUUGAAGGUAUAAAAGAACAGGAGAUCUGCAAUAAGAUAAUGACAAAAAUGCUGGAAAACUACAAUACCUUGUUUGAAUUAGAAGGUUUGAAGAAGGAUGAAGAAAAGCCUGUGUGUGAAGAGCUAGCAAGAAUUAUUUUGGUAAAAAUGACAAAGUCCACAAUGGAAGGAUCCAGCCAAACGUGCCUAGUGCCACAACCAGGCCUGUCAGAUGGAAUACCUCAGGUCAGCCUCCGAUUAACAGAUGGUGGUUCGUGUUGGAAGGAGAUAGAUUUAACAGAUGAAAUUUCCUUCAUUAACAGUGAUGCAUUUUUCUCCAGCUCCCAAGAAGACGAGCGGCCUAUGUCACCCUUCUACGUGAGUGCCCACGUAUCACAAGUCAGUAGUAACAUUCCCGCUACAGGAGAGUAUUUAGAGAAGACAAUCCGCUCAGCCGUGGAGCAGCAUCUCUUUGAUGUUCAUGGCUCAGGCGGCCAGAGUUCAGAGGACUCUGAAUCGGGAACGUCUUCAGCCUCUUCUAAUGUGUCUGCCAGGCAGAGGAGGCGACACCACAAAGAGCAGGAGGAAGCCCGGAGAAACAGAGACAUGGAAGUCGUCAACAAAGAAAACAUUCCCUCUGGAUUCAGCAAUCUUGAAGACUGUAUUAUAGCUGCUCAAGAAGUAGAAAAAUUACAAGACAACAGCUCCGGAUAUCUUAGUGAAAGGAAUAAACCAAAAAGGCAGAAAUCCAGCACCAAGCUUUCAGAGCUUAAUGACAACCAGGACAGUCCUGUGAGUAUGGAAAGCUUUAGCUCAUCCAGGCCUAUAGACAGAACAGGACCUGAUGACAUGGAAAUUUUAUCUGAAGAAAGCAAAGAAAGUGAAAACGAUGAGGUUUUUUUCAGGCACUCUCAGCUGACUUCAAGUAUGAAGAUUCAAGAGCAUCCAGGCAUUCACAAGUUGCAAAGGAAUCAAGAUGCUGAUGAUCAGGAAAACAGCUUUGUGUCAGAAGUGCCUCGGCUGGAUUUGACAGCGCUGUGUGAUGACAACAACUGGGAAGAGCCCAUCCCUGCUCUUUCCUCAUGGCAGCGAGACGGCUUAGACUCAGAUGAGGCUCGCCUUUCCCCGCAGGCCGGUCGCUUAAUUCGCCAGCUUCUGGAUGAGGACAGUGAUCCUAUGCUGUCCCCUCGCUUCUAUGCCUAUGGACAGAGCCAACAGUACCUGGAUGAUACAGAAGUGCCUCCUUCCCCUCCCAAUUCUCAUUCCUUCAUGAGGAGGCGGAGUUCAUCUUUGGGAUCUUAUGAAGAUGACAGAGAGGACCUUACCCCUGCACAACUCACCCGGAGGAUUCAGGGACUGAAGAAAAAGAUCAGGAGAUUUGAGGACAAAUUCGAAGAGGAGAGGAAAUACAGACCUUCCCACAGUGACAAAGCAGCCAACCCUGAAGUGCUCAAAUGGACAAAUGAUUUAGCCAAAUUCCGAAAGCAACUUAAAGAGUCAAAACUGAAGAUAUCGGAGGAAGACCUUGGCCCUGUUGUGCGUCAGCGGAGCAACACGCUCCCCAAGAGCUUCGGCUCUCAGCUCGAAAAGGACGAUGACAAGAAGCAAGACCUGUCAGAUAAAUCUGCCAAGCCUGCUGUGGAAGCGACCCUUGAUUCUAUCCAGAAGAAGCUUCAAGAAAAACGAACAGAGACAAACCGACCUGAAGAUAUUAAGGACAUGACAAGAGAUCAGAUAGCAGCUGAAAAAGUGGCUCUUCAAAAAGCUUUGCUGUAUUACGAAAGCAUUCAUGGCAGACCGGUUACCAAAAAUGAACGACAGGUGAUGAAGCCAUUGUAUGACAGGUAUCGCUUGGUCAAGCAGAUCCUCUCCAGAGCCAACACCAUCCCUAUCAUUGGUUCCCCCUCCAGCAAGCGGAGAAGCCCUUUGCUGCAGCCAAUUAUCGAGGGCGAAACUGCUUCCUUCUUCAAGGAGAUAAAGGAGGAAGAGGAGGGGUCCGAGGAGGACAGCAACGUGAAGCCAGAUUUCACAAUUACCAUGAAAACAGAUUUCAACGUGCGUAGCUUCUUGGAUCAGCUAGAAGAUGAUGCUGACGGCUUUGUUUCCCCGGUGGAUGAUAAGAUGCCAUCUAGGAGCAAUCAGGAUAUGGGGCUUUCAAAUCUCCAUGAAGCAUCCAUCCCUGAACUCUUAGAGCAGCUCCAAGAAGUCAGGGAAGAGAAAAAGCGAAUCAGGAAAAAAUUGAGAGACUUUGAAGAUAAUUUUUUCCGACAAAAUGGAAGGAACGUGCAGAAAGACGACCGCACUCCUAUGGCUGAAGAAUACAAUGAAUACAAGCAGAUUAAGGCCAAGCUGAGGCUGCUGGAGGUCCUGAUCAGUAAAAGAGAUAUUAGUUCCAAGAUCAUGUAA